CCACUAACUCCUUUAUCCUGGAAAAGCUCUCGCUGGCAGAAAGCCUUCCUUUGUCCAAACACUUUUCAUUCAAAUGAGAACUCACUGGGAGACGGUGGAGGCGCUAUCAGGUCCAGAUGUUAACAGACCCCCACAUGAAUUUAUCAAGCUACACAUGAAAAAGGAUCAUUUGCCUACAGAGCCACUUCCUAUAAAACCAGGACUGGAGCUGGGUGUCACCAGUCUGCAGGUGGAUUCCCAGUUGCUCUGCAGAAAUUGGUCCAGAUCUCCAAACCUCCACGAAAAAGAAUCUCCCAGAACUGAAGAUCGCGUCAUGGCGCCGUCUGGCCCGGUUCUGCUGCUGCUGCUGUUUUCAUUCCUGGCCUGCAGCCUGAGCGUCCCGCCGCGCUCCGACCUGCAGGGAAACCGCGCUCUGCAGAAGAGAGGCCAGAAACUAGACACAGCAAAGGCUGCAGGGGAAUACCUUCUGAAGAUUGUAAAUGCAGCUAAACCUUUUAUCGCUUUAAUUGAACCGGCUGGGAAAUAUUUAAGUGCUGUGAUACAGUUGGUCGGAGCGCUUAGUGGUAAAAGUCCUAACAAAGAAGUGCUAGAUUAUCUCAAGAAGGAAUUUGAUAAUCUAAAUUUAAAGAUUGAUGCGAAUCGGAAGGCAGUGGAAUAUGCCAUUCAGGCCAUGGCGUAUGCAGACAUGGAGAGAACAAUAAAUGAUGGAUGGACGAGGCUGCAGGAACUGCUGGGAAAAUGUGACCAGCCUGAAACAUGCAAGACAAUUCUGAAAGAAUAUGGUGAAAAGUUCUUCAAAAACGCUGAAACGACUCUGUAUAAACUCCAUGACGCCAUAGUAGGUCAAGGUGUUUACAGUAGUGACUAUGAAAAACUACUGAAAGAAAAAGUCAGAUGUCAUGAAGAUCAAAUUAAAAAGUUCUCAGCUGUUAACGCAGCGCUGGUGUUCAAAGCCAUCACCAUGACUCAUCUGUACAACACCAUUAAUAAUAAGGAAACAGCGCUACAAGAUGAUCUGGUUGAUAAAGCACGCGACAUCUCUGUAGCCAUGUUCCACAUUCACAAGAACUGUAUUUCAAAACCUGAUGAACAUGUUAAACUGGAAAUCAAAGAAAAGAUUGACGAGUCAAUUUCCCGCAAGAGUCUGGCACAGAACAUCAUGAUGUAUCUGACUAAAACAUAUGACCGGUACGACUGGAUGGUGGUUGCUUUCUUAACAAAAAAUUCAAAAGGUGAAACGUUUUUCACCAAAUGGAAGAACAGACACACUUUGUCUGGAUUUACUGAAGUACAAAAAGGGAAAACUAGUGUGGCUUUUGCCAAACAAGUGAAAGGAAACCACAAUAAAGCAGCUGAGAUGAUAAAAGUUAUUAAGGAAUGCUACAAUGAAAAGCAGCUCUGCAGUAAUGUUAAAGAAAAGUUAGAUGGCUGUGUUACAAAAACAGGAGAACCUAAAGUGAUAGACAUGUAUUCAGCCAUUCAUGCUUACAUUCAUAAGAAACAUGAUGCUGCUGCAGCUUUAGAGGCAGAAGAUAUUCCAUCUGAAGGAUACUUUUUGCCUGAGGAACAGCAGACGCUGCCCUACAUUUACACUGGGACAUGCAGCAUCAGCUUUUUAGGCAGUGCAAAUAUUCUCCCUUAUGGACGCUUCAGGGUUCUGUUGAAAAGUGAUGAAGAGUUGAUGAAUAAGAGUCCAUGUGAAGGAAUCAACUGUGGAGGUCCAGACAGAGGAAAAUGUGUGGAGGUGAAGAACGCCCGCAUUGGGCUGUGUGAGUGUGAGAAGAAAUACUAUGGAGAGAACUGUGAGGAAACUAUAGAGGAGUACAAGAAAAAAGUGUUUAUUAAAGAAAUCCACAAAUCCUCAGACAGCAUGGGCUGAAAGAUCCCACAACGUUUCUGCUCUCAUAUUUGAUUUUUUCUGCUCAUAACCUGCAGCUAACAUGUUUUAACCUGAACAGUUUCAGUCAUUUUGACAGAGUUGCUUUGUGAAAACUCCAUAAUUAUGACAAAUCUUUAUUUUAGCCACAAAAAUGACAGAAGAAACCAGAUUCUGUGUUUUUUCUUGCUUCCAUUUUGUUUUGCUCUUCACAUGUUUCAUCUUUUAACUGUUGAGACGUUUUGGGGAAAAGUGGCUGUGUUGGUUAAAAACUGGUUUCAUGUUGAAAUGAUUUGUGAAUCCAGAACAUCUGAAAGUGACUCAGUUUCUGACCAGCUGGAACCAAACUUCCUGUGAAAUGAUCUCAUCAUGUUUCUUUAAAAUGAUCAUUUGCUUCUUUUGGUUUGAGCUUCUGUUGCAACUUAAGGGAAAAAAAACCUAAUAAAACUCAAAAUUUAAGAGUUAUUACAUGUUUGUUUUUUUUCAUUAUUAUUAUUCUACAACUUUUCCUCCAAAAUAAAAA